AUGUCGGCACGGAAAUUCAUCGACAUUGGUGCGAAUCUGACCGACUUAAUGUUCUCCGGCAUAUAUAACGGUUCUCAAAAACACACCGGUGAUCUCAGGGAGGUUCUUCUGCGGGCUUAUAACGCAGGCCUGGAGAAAAUCAUUGUAACCUGUGGUUAGCGCUUCGCCCUUUUCGAUAUUCCUUUUACUUUUCUGAUUCCAGGUUGCUUGGAGGACCUAGUCGUCGCCAAGUCGCUCUGUGCCUCUGAUGAGCACCUUUUCUUUACUGCGGGCAUUCAUCCGACACACUGCCAGGACUUUGCAAAGGACCCCACUGCCUGCUAUGACCAGCUGAAGAGCUGUAUCAAAGACAACCCCGACAAGGUGGUAGCUGUUGGUGAAUGUGGUCUGGAUUAUGAUCGGUACUGAUCCCAUUCUUACCGGUAGUCUAGUAUGACAUUCAAGAGAACACUUCUGUCCCGCUGACGUGCAGAGAACGUACUUUGAGAAACAACUGCACUUGGCACACACCACCGGCUUGCCCCUCUUUCUGCACUGUCGACGCGCUCACACUGACCUGCUGAACAUUCUGCGGAAGCAUAUUUCCGAGUUUGAACCUGUGACAGGAGUAGUGCAUACAUUUGAUGGAACCGCUGAGCAGGCCUCUGACUUCAUCAAUCUUGGACUGUACGUUGGUUUCAAUGGGUGCAGCUUGAAGCUGCCUGAGAAUUUGAAGGUAAGCUAGUGUUACUUUGGCGCUUGAAUUCAUGAUAUUUCUUUGUCCCAAUCAGCUUGCCGAAUUCGCGCCCUAUAACGGCCUGGGACCACAGUUGUCUCCAAAUUUAUGGUAGGCGGCGACUGGGACCAAGGGCGAAGUACGUUCCCCUAAGUACAAUACGUGUGCUAUCUCAUGAAAUGUAAACUGAAAUUAUGAAAUGCUUCUUCGUUUACAAAAGAUAACCUAAGUAGGGUUGUAAGCUAGUGAUCGUGCUGUAGACUCUCAGAAUAUUUCAGUCGCGUGAGGAUGCCGGCCUUUGAACGAGCAUCUUUCUGACCGUCUGCAAAACAUACAGUGAGAAUAACCACUCGAGUAGUAUGCAUUUUUCUCAUCGACUUUGGAUGCCCUUAUAAAUUCAAUUAUAUUUUCUAGAAAACAUGCACAGAAAUAUCCGUUCUUUCACUCACUUGGUAGCAAAUUACGUCUUUAAAUUUUAUACGUGAAAAAGAGUAUCUUUCGGCUUUAAAAAGUUUCUAAUUGCGAGCUUUUUUAAGACCGUAGAAUGUCCAUUCGUAAAGAAUCUUAUCUCCACAUGUAUUAAUUUUUUAUAAAGCAUACAAUACGGUUGAACUCACUGCAAGGCCUUAUGAAUUUCAUCUGGUAUCUACUCAAUAGCCUAUAAGAAUGUACGAUUUUCCUAGCACGAAGAAUGCAUAGUUUGUAGUCCUGAAACUCUGAAUGUAAGUGAAAAGUCAAGUUGGGUUUAAAAUUAUUCGGAAUCAGAGAGUUUUCAAUAUCAAAUUAGACUUUUAAAUCAUGUAUAAAAUUAAGGGAGACGCAAAAAUAUUUUUUGCAUGGUUUCUAGAAAAUAUAUUUGAGUUUAUAAGGGCGUCAAAAAUCAAUGUGAAAAAUGCGUCCCACUCAGUGAGUUAUUUUUUGCAGUGUGGUUUUUACAGACGAUCGGUAAGGAAGUCCGUUCAAAAGCCGGCACCCUGACAUGACUGAAAUAUCUUGCAAUUCUGCUGCACGAUCAUUAAUAUUACAGGCCUUCUUAGGUUACACUUUCGAAUCGAAAACACAUGUCAGAAUUUCCGUCAACAUUUCAUGAGAUAGCACACCAACUGUAAGUUUCCAGUCGAUAUGAUAUCUGCAACCCACUCGAAGCUCUCGGGAAUUGAACAGCGUCUUGCAUGACCAAAAUGCCCGCAUAAUGCCAGAACUAAGAAUACAGCCUUAUCUGGCAUCCACGCCCUCUCCUUGUGCCCAAAACGGGCAAAUCCCAUUUAUGCCAUGACCGUUUGUCCCAGGUAUUUAUCUAUUAGGUUUUUAGUUAAUAUAUCCUCGUCCUCCGCACUCGACAGUGAGUAUCUCGACCAGCUUGCGUCUUUAGCUUGAGUAGUGGGUGGAGUGCUGUAUUGGGCGGUGCUCGGAAAUGCUCAACGAAUCCAUGUCGGGAAUGCUGCAGUAAUGUUGUUUUGUCUUUUCUUGUCGACAGCUGCCGCUUAUCAGCGUCCAGGUACCCGUCUAGCAGGCGGGACAUGCCUCGAUCCAAAAUGGAAGCCUUCGUUUAGAGCCCCCCCCCCCCCCUCCAACAGAUGACAUACGCAAACAUCUAACAGGCUUACACAAACGCCUUAACUGUCAUUCAUCUUAACGGUAUACUUCGUUUUCUAGUUCUCCAAAAGGGCAAACAACAGCCGACGAGCGUUUUCUAUCAUUUUCAACUAGUGCGAUAACGAGGUGGCGGUUGGUUUCGCAAACCUAAAAUUAGCAUUGUCAGACUGUAGGCAUGAAUGAAACAGGUGUUUUGGCUAGGCACUUUCGGGCCAGUUGUAUUUUUUUCUACCUACGGAUCAAGCCGUUCUAAUAGAUAACUCGGGUAGAGAGCCCCAAUGUUUAACGCUGCUAUUUAACCUCCUCGGCGAUAGUGUUUAAAAAUGCAGGUUUCCCGCAGGUCCCUCUGUGUGCCAUCUCAUUAGCCCCUCUAUCUGCGUUGAGGUGGUGGGCGUACAGUUUCACAUGUCGGCGACUGGUCGGAUUGUCUGCCGAGCCGUUUUGUUUUCGGCUCGCCUGAGUACUUGUGCGCCACCAAAAGCUGAUCGACGAUCGUCCUGAAGUUGACGCACGGCGGCGCGUGAGUUCACGUUUUCCCGUCUCACGACCAGCUCGUACUCCUGCAUUCGUGUUGUCAAACCCUUGUUGCUCCCUCCGAAAAAAACCUGCCGGACACCUGCGGUCACUAAUGCGGUAGACCACUGCAUGUUGACUUUUGUUAGCCGAUCCUUGAGCUGCUUCAGUUGGUGGCGAGCCGUUGUCUGUAGUCAGUCAAGUUUAUCGGCCUUAUCAAGCGUCAGAGGCUUCUAGGCCUCCUGGUGUGUACCAAAGGCACGAAAUACCCAGGAUCUGACUGUCGACCCUGUCUUCGAUAGAAGGGUAUUCGUUGGAAAUUAAGACCCCGGAAAUACCUCCGACCCCGCAGCUUUUAAUAAUUUAUACUGCAAUCUUCGUUAAUCCGUCGAAAAGUCAUCCGUACGCAGCUGCGGUUUUUUGUUAGAUGAUUGUUGUCGUAGUGGAGCGUUUUGCAGCAUUUGUUGUCUUCCGAUAGAUUCCAAGUGCGAGGGUUCCGCCUUAAUUCUUUGAAAUUAGAAUGUCCUGUAACGAGAUUUGUCCAUGUGGAAACGAAUGCAGUCAUUCUUAUGGAGAUGACGGCACAAUAGACGCGUAUUGACGCAGACUUCGACCAACCGUAGAAUCCUUUGUUAGACACUGUCAAUUAACUAAUUAUUUUUGCACAUCACCCAUAGCCAGACGACCACCUGGGGGUGGGAGGGGACUGUCUUGAAAAUUUACGCAAUAAAAGUUAUUUUCCCCUGACAAAUUUCGUCCGAGUGCACUGCCUCUAGGAAUUCACGGUCUUCCUUUAUUGGGCAGGCGCCAGCAAAUUUGUGCCCAGUGCCCAUGGACACUUUGGAAAUAUGGCCUCCUCUCUUCACCGCUAGCUGGUGUUCACGUAUACGUGUGGAGGCAGACUUUCUAGUUUCACCGCAAUAGGCAGCAUCACGAAUGACAAAUAGAACCUAGUAGACAGCACUCAUUCUAUCAAGGUAGCCAGCCCUGUCCUUGAGUUGUACAAGCUGUGUGCGUAAGUUAGUUGGGGGUCGGUGUAUUAUCUGUAUCUUAAUUUUUCUUCAGGUGUCUUUCGACAAGGUCAGAUAAUUUUUCACCUAUGAAACGCGAGCGUAGCAUUGAAAAUGCCUUUCCCUCUCACUCUCGAUGUUUUAUGCAUUGACGCAUAAAGUCAACGUUGUACUCGCUUGGGGCAAUAUUUGAAAAAGGUAUCUUAUUUUGCUCGAUUUAGCAGGCUGUAAGUACAAAUCCGUUUGUGAGUUAAAAGGUGAGAUCACACCGCAUGAUACCAUUAUCUCAUCGGUUUCGAGUUUGAUUCUUUAUAAUUUGUCUGGGAACUCAUUUGGACCUUCAAUGUGAGGACUAGAUAUCGCCUAAGUAGCUGUUGGCUGUUAGAAAUGGCCUAUUUGACAUUUCACUCCAAGCCUCUGGCUAAUCAGUCGAUUGUUGUCGAAGGUAACACCCGCUCAAGUCUCUCUACUUUUCUUUGAUAUUUUUGCUAGGUAGUCUCGGAGGUGCCGGUUGAACGCAUUCUUCUGGAAACCGACGCACCAUGGUGCGACAUCCGGCCGACUCACGCAGGUAAUUCCUCAUCCUUGACUUCUCACUACUGCCUUGCAGGUUACCAGUACGUGAAGACAAAGUUUGAACGGAAGAAACCAAACAAAUGGGACGCCAAAUGCAUGGUUGCGGGCCGGAAUGAGCCAGCCAAUAUUGUACAGGUGCUGGAGGUCGUGGCUGCCGUUCAUGGCAUCUCCGAGGAUGAGCUGGCCGAGACGGUCUACCAGAACACGCUCUCUGUCUUUCCACGUCUGGCCCACUAG